GUUAAAUGUGUGUAAACUGUUUUUGUUUUGUUUUUUAUUUCUAUCAAAACUCCAUUACCCAGCAUGCUUUACUGCAACGCGCCGACUUAGUGUCGUAAAUCAUCCGCUCUGCUUUACGGCACAUAAUAAGCAAGUGUGGAGUGAAUUGAGUAAUGGCAGGAACAGACACGAGAUAGUCCACGAACUUGACAUUAUUCCUACAUUUAUCAGGUACCGGCAGCCGGACGGACGCCUGUCUUUGUCGUCGUUCGCUGUGAGAGGCUGAUUCCGACCCCGUUUUUCUGUCAUCAUAAUAACUGUAUGCAGUGGAAUGGCUGAAGUGCCGCCAGGGCCUAACGCACUGCCUUCAUCCCCGAGCGAGAUCACAGUACUGCCCGUGGACGGCUGCACCUUGCUGGGCAACGAUGAGGGACGGGACAUCCUCAGCCCCGGACAGGGACACCAGCACACCAGCGACCAUAAGGCGAUAGUCAAAUCCAACCAGAACAACGUGCACCCCAAUGCAUCAGCCUCCCAGUUCCACACAGCCCAGCUGAACGGGGUCCAGUGCAACCACACUCACCUCCAGAACCACGUCCAGCAACAUCGGCCGUCCGACAAUCAAAACGCCGCUUCUGAUCAUCACUUGGACGGAGUCGCUGAAACACAGGGCGAUCACACGGAAAACAACAAUUUAACGAGAAAUAAACGAUGUAGUGAUCUAACGCAGAGCCAAUCGCCGCCGAACAACGGGAUAAACUGCAAUGAUAGUAUGGCGAUAACGGAGAGCAGCUCUUGUCGAUUGGAGAAUGAUGUAAGUAGCAGGACUGGUUCGGUGGGUUCGGCUCGGAUGGACGGGGCAGAGUCAGGCCCGGGCCCGCAGCGGUCUCGAGUAGAGCAGGCGCCGCCUGACAGCGCUCUGGUGGCGGCGAUGUCGAGACUAGCGCUGGAGGAGCACGACGAGUCCAUCCGAUACGUGAGAUACGAGUCUGAGCUCCAGAUGCCCGAUAUAAUCCGACUCAUAACUAAAGACUUAUCUGAGCCCUACUCUAUAUAUACCUAUAGGUACUUUAUUCACAACUGGCCUCAGCUCUGUUUUCUGGCGAUGGUUGAGACGGACUGUGUUGGUGCCAUCGUGUGUAAGCUAGACAUGCAUAAGAAGAUGUUCCGUCGAGGAUACAUCGCCAUGCUCGCCGUGGACUCCAAAUUUCGCAGGAAAGGCAUCGGCACUAACCUUGUGAAAAAGGCCAUUUAUGCUAUGGUGGAGGGGGAUUGUGAUGAGGUGGUGUUAGAGACAGAAAUCACCAACAAAUCAGCCCUGAAACUCUAUGAGAACCUGGGCUUUGUCAGGGACAAGCGGCUGUUUAGAUAUUAUUUAAACGGAGUGGACGCACUUCGGCUUAAACUCUGGCUUCGCUAAAUCAAACUACGGGGUCCCUCAACUCUUUCUCCAUCCCUUUGGCCUCCUCUUCCUCCGCCCCAGUCCUUCGGCUCAGACCACCUGACUUCCCAUCAAUAGAAAGACACUCGACCUCUGCUGAGCCACAAAGGGGAGACUCUGAGGGAAAUUUCAACCAAUCAUAAUAAAGUGUUUUAAGAACUUUUUGUGUAAACAAAAGAGAGGUCAUUGCAGAAAAGAAAAAGAAGUCGGGUACUAAUAUGACAUUGACACCGAAAAGAAAAACACACGUCGGCUUCGAUGUUCAGAUGUCAAUAGCCUGGCUUAACACCUCCGUGUAUUUGCGUCAGGCAGUGGAGGCGGAUGGGCCGAAUGUGUCGACGGCAUUGGAGAAAUGAAUCGUGCCGAAAGCAAACAGUGCGCCACACUUAGUUGUUGUUUUUUUUGUCGUUUUUUUUAUGAACAAUCACAAUGCGAAGGAUGAAAAUGUGUUUAAACCGACUCAACGAAACUACUCGAAUCAUUUUUUUGUUUUACAAUUUAGUUUUUCUAAAAGAGGGUGCACGGGAGCAUUGCAGGUUGCGAUUGUGCCUGCUACUUUGCUUUGUUUUUGUGCGUACGGGGGUCUGUGGUUUAUUUUAUGUGUUUAUUUUAUGUUUUGGAAAACACUGAGCAGAGCCUUGUCUGCUUUAGAAGUUUGAUCUACGACAAACUAACACACACAGAUACAGAAACACUUUAACCUGAGUGCUGACGGCAUCUCUGCUCUUUUAAGUUGGUCUUAUUAGCUCACGUUUUGCCAUAUUGGUUUAUGUGGCUUGUGAUUCUGACAUAAGUGUUUUGUACAACUAAAUUAAAAUGAAUGAAAAUCAAUUACUAAAUGGCCUAAAAGGAGAGUAUUCCCUGUUUUUUUUUCCAGUACUUUUUUACCACAGACUUCAUUCAUAGAUGCUCCCUUUCCAUGUCUGAUACAAUGUUUGGAUAUUCGGAUAUGCUGAACUAGAGAAAUGAACCUCAAACAGACGCACUUCUCAUUUUUGCACUGAUUAGAUAGGGAAUUUGUGCUCUGUAUAUUUCCCUUGUCCGCCACUGCUUUAGUGGACCAGUAAAGGACAGACUACAGAUCUCACCAGCUCAGUUGCUCCGUUGGACUCAUGCAAAUAGUUGCUUUAAAGUCAUGAAACUAUGGAUGCUUUUUCCGCCUUGGAAUAAAAAAAAGAUAUUCACUCACAAUUAUGACUUUUUUUUUUUCCUUCGAAAUUGCGAGUUUACAUCUUGCACAAUUUCCCAAUGUAAAGAUGCAAUUGCGUGUAAUAGUCUUAAAUGCAAGAUAUAAACUUCCAAUUAUGACACUUUUUUCUCAGAAUCUCACAAUUCUGACUAUUACACGCAAUUGUGAAUUUCAGUUAGGAUAUUGGAAUUAUAUUUAUAACUCGCAAUUAUUGUGAGUUUAUAUCUGACAAUUCGGAGAAAAGUCUCAAUUGCGAGUUAUAACGUAAAAAGUCGCGUUUGUGAGAAAAGAAAUUUCUUUAUUUCUCUCAGUUGUGAGUUAUAAAGUUAGAAUUUUUACUGCGAUUUUGUAUCCCCCAUUAUUUUUUAUUCCGAGAUUUUCCGCAAUUGCGAGAAAAAAAAAGUCGUAAUUGUGAGUCGCGAUAUUUUUUUUUUAUUCCAUGGCGGAAUCAAGCUUCCAUAAAAUACAGAUUGGUUAUAUGCAAGACGACAAUGUUUAGAGGUGUUUUUAAAAUUGAAUGGAGGAAAUGUCCCGAGGUUCUUGUUUUUAUGGGUUUGUGUUUAACAGUAGUGUGCUGUGGCAGGUUGUACCAUCACGUUGUAUGUAAGUGUUUCUAUGUCAUUGCCAAUAGACCCCCAUUUUUGCUUUGCUGCUGGCUCAUAAGUUGUUCUUUGGAGAAAAAAAACACUUUGUUUUUUCAAGUUUGGAGUGGGAAACAGUUUCUUUUGAUUUGCUAAAUGUACAUAUGGAAGUUUGAUUUGUUGUUUUUGAUUGUCAACAGAAAAGAUCCCCAUAGAGCUGCUGCUCUCAAUUGUUCGAAGAUGGAUGGGUUGCUUUAUAAAUUUGCGCUUAAAUACACUGAUAUUGCUGAUGGAAUUACGGGAAGAGGAAUUUAUGCGUCUUUUGGUUGUUUUUCUGUUUUAUUGAAUUUUUUUUUAAAGCCCAAAUUGUAGUUCAUCUCCCAGAAAUGUAACGGUCCCAUCAAUUCCCUUUGUCAGUAAGGCUCAGGUGUUUCUAUUCAAUUCUCCUUUCACUAGUCAGGCGCUCCUUUCAAGGACCCAGUGGUUCUUAACAGCCAUCUUGUCUUUGAUUUCUUUGAUUUGGGUGGACAGUCAAUGUUGAAAUGGAAAUUUAAGAGCCUUGAGUAGCUUUCGUCCAAACAGACCAUCUACGUAAUUUAGCUUGUGAAUUUAGAUUUUGUCUUCUGUAGAACACACUAGAAGACAUUUUGAUAAAUCUGUGUUUUUUUUCCCCCUACAAUGCCAUUUGGGGUCAAAAGAACAUUAGAUUUAUAUUGUAUAGACAAAAAUGGUUGAAGCAUUCUUCAAAAUGUGUUCUGCAGAAGUUUGGACUGAUAUAAGGAUGAGUUUAAUAAAGGCAAGUUUCUGUUUUGAUGAACUAUCCUUUUAUUAAAUUUCAAUGCUUUUCACAAGAUGCCAACUUUGCCAUUCUAUGCUGCCCAUGUUUUCGUAUUGGAGAAAUGUUUUUUUUUUUUUGCAGUGCCCAGUAUCUGACUUUUGUGGUUUGUCACUGUAAGCUGUCCAUCAGCUUUAGACCGAACAGCUGGCAGGUUCUAGCUGGGUAAGAUCACAUAUUUAGAUGAUGUGGACACUAAUCUGACUGGCUUCUGUUUUGGGGAAUCAUUCAAUGAUGGGACUAAUUUUGAAUCUGCACUUGUGGCUAAAUAUCACCCUUGUAAACGGUGGAUUUUAUGUUGUAGUUAGUGUAACUCUUGUACUUUCAGCUGAUGAUUUGGACGAGUGAGAUCUGCACCUCUAACAUGGAUCCAUUUUGCUGGGGGAAGAGCGACCGUUUGCAUGUUGAUGAACAUUUUCUCCACCCUUGUUUCUCCCACUUUCACCCCUGACAAAAUGUCUUGCAAAAGUUUCUUUGUUUUCAAGUGGACAACAGACCUGGUUUAAAAAUUAUAAAUAAAUUAUUUGAUUUUUAAGCAAA